AAUUUUUAGUUUUCUACAUUUUCAUACAACGCCAAAAUUUCAGUUUCCUUUUUUUCUAAAUUAAAUAUAUAAAUUGAAACUCACAAACAUGAAGGCAAAUAUAGUCGAUAUUAUUGUAGAUCCCUUGGGAGAUAAAAUCCCUCGAUUUUCAGAGCAACAUCUUAACGAGAUUUUGGAAUGGUUUGAAGAAAAAUCACAACCCAUAAGUGUACCUGAUGUCGAUGAACUGAUAAAGUUCGUAAAUGUCGAUCAAUUGAUGCAGUUUUUAGAAGAAAGGAGAUUUCACAAAAGAGGAUUUUACUACCCAACUUUUGGAGAAGUCAUAUCAGAAGCUGAAACAUUCAAUGCAGGAACAUCACGAAUUUUCACAAAAGAACAAAUUUUGUACAUGUUAGAUAAAUGGGUCAUUGAAGCAAAGAUUAAACAUGAAUUAAAAUUGGCAUUUAAAGUAUUUGAUAGCGAGAAUCGGACUUUUUUGGACAUUGACGAAAUCCGAGUAAUUGCUACAAGUGUUGGGCAGCCUUUUGAUGAAGAUGAAACGUUAGAACUUUUGCGUGACGCAAAUGUAAGAGGAGAUGGAAACGUUUAUUAUGAAGAUUUUGUGGAAUCUUUGUUCAGUCUUGCGCCUGAAUUAUACAGCAUAAAGGCCGAAUAUUUAUUUGAAAACCCAGAAGAAGAUCCUUCUCAAAUAGAAUCGUCAGAUUUAGAAGUUCCAGCACAAGUACAGACUAAAGGGAAAAUGGGAAAAUGAAUGUAAUACGUCAAUUACUCAACCGAUUUUUUUUUUCGUUUUUAGUUUAAAUAAAAUCAAGAAACAACAAAGCAUCUAUGUUGUUAUAUGUUUUUAAUUAAUA